GCCCCUCAGCAGUCCUCGGCCUCUCUCUCUCCGCCUCCUCCAGCAGCCUGGGUGUUUCCUGGCAGGCCGGCCCAGGGAGGACUCAGCGCUUCAGGCUGCAGCUGAGAGACCAAUCAGGUGUGCUGAGGAACGAGACGUUGUUGAGCACGGCGACACAGCACACACUCCUCGACCUGACGCCCGGGCGACUGUACAACGUUACCGUGGUUACGGAGGCAGGAGGGCUGACGAACAGCGCCACGGCAGCGGCUCGGACAG